GGAAAGCCUCCACAUCUUGUACUUCCUCAUCUUCUCCUCUCGCACGGCCCAUUAGGACCAGGUUCAGGCCCGCGGCACCAUGACUUGUGAAGUCCGGACAGACGUAAUGGAGCAGGAGCAAACCGCAGAGGAGGGAGUUGUCAGCAGAGGCGGUGUGCUUCACUCCAUGCUGCGUGGCCUCUACUGGCCUUUUGGCCUCGUGGUACGGGCCUACCGCGGGGUUUGGUGGCUGUUGGGCUUCCGGCAGCCCCAGGAGCGAGUCCUCGCCGGCUGUGAGGUUUCCAGUCCCGCACGCCACAACCUCACCGGGAGGAAGCGCCUGCACUGGGCCACCCGGCUGCUGCUGUCCGUGCUGCCCCGCUGGGGGCAGGCCGCCCUGGGCUACCCGGUGUCGAGCAGCAUUGGGCGCUCCGUGUCCCCAGAAAUCAGGGUGAGUCCGACUAAACCAUGUGGAAAGGGCAACAAGCGAAAACAGGAUGACUUGGAGGAAGAGGAUGAGGAAGAGCAUCAGACGUGGGUGGAGGCCCUUACUCAGGAGCUUGGUGACGACGAAGGCCCAGAGGAAGAUCCUGACUAUGAGCCCAGUACUGUGGAGACGGAGAGUGAAGAAUAUGCUUCUCACAACAACACAGAAAGUGAUCUGGAGGUUUCAGGGGAGAGUGUUGUCAUUCAGGAUGUGGAAACGGAUCCUGCUACUCAAUCCACUCUGGUUAACACUAACCCUGCUGUUAACACUAACCCUGCUGUUUAA